AAGACGAGUGGGUUCGUGUCAGGGUCCAACGCUGCCGUGUCAUUGUGCUCAGAAGGGGGAAACGCGUGGUCAGCAGCACAGUUGGCUUCACUGCAGCGUUUCUGGUACCUGGUUGUGUGCAAAAUUGGAUUUUAAACCAAUCAUGGAUACAGACAAAAGAGAGGUUUUAGAUGUGCCAGCAACUCCAAAUCAAGAGGAGACGGUAAUGGAACAAGAGGCAAAACCAGAAGCAAUGGAGCAAUCCACAGAGCCUGAGAAUCCACCAGCUGCUGUGAAAGAAGUUGACCAGCUGGUGGUGAACAGCCAAGAAGCAGAAAAGCCAGUUGUGGUAGAAAAUGUGACGCAGGAAAAUAAAGAAAGCAACAUGGAAAAGCCAGAAGAGGAGUCGGUGCCCUGCGCAGCGGCACCAGUAGAAUCAGCUGAGUCAUCAGUAAAGGUCUCUGACCCAACUGCAGCUUUAGAACAGCAUCCUGUGCCAGAGAAUAUUGCAGAGCCUGUACAAGUCCAUCUGGCAAAGACCACCCCUGAACCAGAGCCAGAGAAACCAGCAGAAACUCUACCACAAGAGAAAACUGUAGCCGAACCAUCUGUGGCGAAACCAGUAGAUACUGCACCCGACCCAGCUGUGAAGAAGCCAGUUGAAACCCAGCCAACCAACAAAGAGGCAGAACCAGAACAAGUGAAGACAAAGGAUGAAAUGCCUACCGGGGUGGAGACAAAGAUGGAAAAAGAAGUAGUUGCGGAAACGGUUGUGGUGACUGAGAAGUUGGCAGAACCAGCAGCAAUGGGUGAAAGUGGGGAACCUGUGCUGGAAGUCAACCCUGUCAAGUCUGAAUCUGUUAUUCCUGAGGAACUGACAGUAGAAGCUGAAGAUGUUAAAUCUGUGCAGAAAGAACCAGAGCUUCAAAAGGAAGAAGAUGUUGUUCACUCACUUUCUUUUGCCCUCCUGGAACACGAGGAAACGAAAGAUGCAUUACGAAUUUAUCGCACGCUUAUUGUCCUCAGGGGCCUUCCUGGAAGUGGCAAAAGCUUUUUGGCACGAGCUAUAGUAGACACCUACAAAGACCAAUGUACCGUUUUCUGUGCUGACGACCACAACAUAAAGCCCGAAAAUCCCUCUGCUGAAGGAUACAGAGCUCUGGAUGAUGCUGUAGUGGCUCGCUGCUGUGACGGGACAGCGUCCUCUGUGCUGAUCGUGGUGGAUGAUACCAACCACACCCACGAUCGGCUUGCCCGCCUGGAAGAGAUUGCAGAGGAACACAAUCUAGUCGCUAUCUUCUUGGAGCCGCAAACCGAAUGGAGCAGAGACUUAAGUCAGCUGAAAAAGAAGACUGGCCGUGGACUAGACGAGGCCCACCUGGAUGCAAUGAAGGGUCCACUCAAUGAAACAUCCCUUCCUCUUUAUUUCGGCUGGUUUCUUUUCUCUUCAGUACAGGACAAGGUUGGGUGCACAGCAAUGGACUUCUUGAAAACAUUGGACACCCUGGAAGGCUUCAAAAAACACAGUGCUGACUUCACAGGACAGGCUGAGAAGGAGGUGGAUUUGGAGCAGUACUUUGAGACCAAGGGAAUCCUCCACUGCACUACAAAGUUCUGUGACUAUGGGAAAGCAGAUGGUGCAAGCGAGUACGCAAAGAAUCCAGUGGUUAAGAAGUCCUACAGUUCUGUGUUCGAGCUGUCGCUGACUGCUCUCUUUGUCACCCCUCGCACCGUUGGUGCCAGAGUGUCUCUCACCGAUGAGCAGCUCAAGCUUUGGCCAGCGAAUACAGAAAAGGAGUCGGAGGCAGAUGUUCCCGGAUCUGCGUCUCUUCCUGUCGGAAGUCGUGCCCACAUUACCCUAGGUUGUGCAAAGGAUGUGGAGCCGGUUCAAACGGGCUUAGAUCUGCUCCAAAUCCUAACCCUGCCUCAGGGCGAUGUGGUCGAAGAGAUGGAGCUUGGCUCGCUGCGAUAUUACGGUGAAGGAAGGUGGAUGCUCAGCCUUAGAGAGCCAAUCUGUGCUGCGACUUGCUUCUCCAGCUUCUACGGACGCAAGGAGCAGGAGGAGCAGCAGUCCCCUAAAAAAGAGCCAGAAAAGAAAAAGACGAAGAAGUGUGCUAUUCUGUAGAUGGAAACGGUUGUGUGUUGAGGGAUGUGGUUGGUGAAUUAAAACUUAGGCUUACUUUGUGAAAGAUUGGCGUUUGUAAAGCAUUUAGGGCUUCAGUUGUAGUCGUCCUAAAUCCACAAACAAUUUGCCUUUUUAACGUUGAUUUGCACCACAACCCAAGAUGCCUUAGAGUUGGGCACGUUAUUGGUUCAGUAUUUUUUUUUCCCCAUCACGCUGUCCUGUUAGCUGCAGUUUCUCCUAGGAUAGCCUCCUUCCACAGUCCUACAGUGUAUUUAAAAAGCUAGGCUUUCUUCUGCAUAGGCCAAUGUUCACACUGGAUACUCUGCAUGCAUCACUGGUUUUUCCAUAAAUUACUGGAUUAAUGUGCUAAACAUAGCUCUGUUUCCUUUGCUGUAGUUUCAUAAUUCUACAAUAUACGUGUUGGUGCAGCUUAGGAAGUAAUGAUGAUUAGCUUCUGGACCAAAGUUACAUAUUAAGUGUUAGAUUCAAUGUCAGUUGUAGAGAUUCUUCCUUGUAAAUCUCUGGCCUGUGCUUGGCUUCAGAGGGAGAAUGCUGAUGAACCUGGCAUUAUUUUUUGUUGCUUAUGAAAUGGCGCGAGUCUUUGCCAACGUUUUGCAAUCUUUUCUACUGCGCAAUCCUCUUUGAAGAGUACUGCCAUGUCCUGCUUUUUGGUUUGUAGGCUGUAACUGUAAUUUUCCUGAAGUCCUACUUUGUGUAGCUCUUAUGAAUCACUAUUUUUGCACUUGUUUUGUACACUCAAUAAAGAGAAACAUGCUUUGCUGUAA